AUGAUUCAGAAGGGCAGUAAUCGGACCCAACGCGAAUUCGUCACGACGUUGACACGGCUGCGCAGAAAGUGCGCACUGCUUUUGGCCCCGAGCAAUUUGGGUGUCGGUAACAAUGAUGCUUCUGAUGGACUUGACGGCGGUCAAUGCAACUCGCGCUGUGUCACAGUUAGACCCGCUGUUGCGCUUGGCGACAGCCAUUGA